AUGACAGAGAUAGUGGCGGUUAAAGCGAAGGAUCUGGACAGUGGCCAAAAUGCCAGGAUUUCUUAUCGCCUAAGCGAGGAGAGCAGUGUUUUUGGGAUUCAUACAGCAUCUGGAAGUAUUUUUGUAAAAUCAGUGUUUGACCGGGAAAAAAUCGCUGAAUAUCAUAUAUUGGUUAUCGCUACGGAUCAUGGGCAGCCCCAACUAUCAUCUAACGCAACAGUUCAAAUCAAAGUGCUGGAUGUUAACGAUAACUCCCCGAUAUGUCCAACUGCAGCAGCAGCUACCUUUACGAUUGCUGAAGACAGCGAUAGCGGCGCAGUGUUUGGCAGAGUGAUAGCAUCAGAUCCAGAUGAGGGUUUGAACGGAAGUCUGACAUAUCGACUGCAAGUGGAAGAUGUCAACUUUGCUAUCAAAAACAAUGGUGAGCUUGUAUUAAAAAGGAAACUGUCAUCGAAGGAGCUGAAAAAAGAAACCCGAUUAUCCGUGAUUGUGCUCGAUCGAAACGGCGAUUCACUGGCUCGCUCUGUUAUCUGUCCAGUUCGCGUGGUUGGUGUCAAGGCGCAUUCAAAAGUAAAAUUUCUGGAACCAGUGGAUCGCGUUAUCAGGCAUGUUUUUUCUCAAAAAUCCAGUGUGGUCAGGAAUAAUAGAUUAAUAAAAGAAGAAUGUGGCUCAGGUUGUUUAUUGAAAGUUCUCAAUGCUACAAACGUUGCUAAGUGGGAUAUCGAAAAGAGCGAUAUUUCGCGUAACUUCGAAAUCCAAAAUAAUACUCUUCGCACAUCAGCGCAUUUCAAUGAAGCAGCAAUUGAAGAUAGUCGAACUCUGUCCGUAACAGCUUUUGAUGUGAAUGAUCGGAAACGACAGAUUACGUUCACCAUACGAACAGCCCCUAAUUCUCGGAUAUCACCAAAACAGGGCGAAAAAACAACUGUCGUGAGGAUAUCAAAAACUGCAAGAGUUGGUUCACGAUUGGCCACUAUCAGUAAGAACCGAGAUAGCAAAUCAAUCUGGCGUUUAGAAAACGAGACAGACAUGUUUUAUUUGGAUGGUGUCAGCUCAACGCUUUAUCUAGCAAGCAGUUUUCGAAGAACUCGUGAUGCGAGUUAUCAGUUGAAAGUACUCGAAAUGAUGGCACCAGAUUACAUACACAUUGAACAGCAUGAUUUGUUUGUUGAAGUGGAACCAGAAAAUUUGCAUUGGCCAAGAUUUCCGGACUGCCCGCAGUUUUUUACUGUUAAAGAGAAUGAACCAACCGGUUCGAUGAUUGGGAAAGUGCCGGGUUUUGAUGAAGACGAAGGUUCUGCUGGUCAGCUGAGUUAUUCAAUUGUCCAAGGACCACUAGGAUUAUUUUCGGUUGAUCCGGAUACAGCUGAAAUACUGCUGACUCGUCCAUUACGCUGGGAAAAGGAUCUGUCACUGUUUAUUGUAGUGGAGGCGGAAGAUAAUUUUCGGGAUAUUACGAAGCGAAAACGUUCCCGAUGCGUAGUUUUCAUUGAUGUUGAAGAUAUCAACGAUCAUGCACCUCAAUUCAUCAGUUCAAGUAAUAUAACAGUGGAUGCGGAUUUUGUUGAUGGUGAUAUCAUUCAUUAUGUGAUAGCUAACGAUGAGGAUGACGGCCAGAAUGCGAAAAUUACAUAUACAAUCAUUGAUGGCAACAUGGAUGAUGCAUUCGUCAUUGAUCCUAACAGUGGAAGCGGUUGGCCGCAUUUAGAAUUGUUCUCAUAUUUUAUCUCCGAUGAAGAUAUGCUACAGCUAGCAGAUGAUGGAAAAUUGUUGAUGAUGAAGAAACUGAUGCCUGGCAAUUACACUUAUUUUGUGAUAGCAACGAAAAGCGAACAAAUGGCCGACUGGGCAUCUGUUGAUUUAACUAUAACCGGUGGAAAUCAAUAUCCACCACGGAUCUCCCCAUCCAGCUGCGGUAAUCUAACAAUUCGGGAAAACGUUGCGGCAGAAAGGUUGACGCGUAUUUAUGCACAUGAUCAAGAUGAUGGAGCAGAUGGCGAGAUUUUCUACAAAAUUGUUGGUAAGUUAACAUUUAAACUUACUGAGAGAUGCAGCCCCUCUUCGAAAAGAGUUAUGGACUCCGAAAGGGUCGAACCGCAUUCCUUUACAACCGAGCGCGACAUAUUACCCACUAUAUCACUGAUCCUGGCAGCACAUCUGCUGUGUAUCUGCUUGUUUUUAUGCGUUUUUCGCAGCUAUGCAAUGCGGAAAACGCAUAUUGACGAGAGACUGUCUGUGUGUAUGUGUGUGUCUGUGUGUUCGCAGAGCCUCUGUACCGAUUUUUCAUCUCGAGAUCUACAAAAGCUACAGGGCUGA